AUGGAUUCCGAGUACGAGGUGGGUCACGUUCGCAGGCUGCAGGCCCAGCACACGCGGAUGCAGGAGAAGACUUUCACUAACUGGAUCAACAAUGUCUUCCACCAUGGCCGGGUGGGCAUCAAGAUCCAGAACCUGUACACAGAGCUGGGGGAUGGCACCUACCUACUGCGGCUGCUGGAGCUCAUCUCAGGGGAGGCCCUGCCGCCCCCUAGUCGGGGCCGCCUGCGCGUGCACUUGCUGGAGAACAACAGCCGAGUGCUGGCCUUCCUCAAGACCAAGGUGCCAAUACCCUUGAUUGGACCAGAGAACAUUGUGGAUGGAGACCAGACACUCAUCCUGGGACUCAUCUGGGUCAUCAUACUCCGUUUCCAGAUUUCUGACAUCUACUUGGACAGGGAGGAGUUUGGGGCCAGCGCAGCCCUGCUGUCCGCCAAGGAAGCGCUACUGAUCUGGUGCCAGCGGAAGACGGCCAGCUACACCAAUGUGAGCAUCACCGACUUCUCCCGCAGCUGGAGAGAUGGGCUGGGCUUCAGCGCCCUCAUCCACGCCCACAGGCCAGACCUCAUUGACUACAGCUCCCUGCACCCAGAGCGCCCGCUGCACAACCUCCAAUUUGCCUUCCACGUGGCGGAGCAGGAGCUGGGCAUCGCUCGGCUGCUGGACCCCGAGGACGUGUCUGCCGUGCACCCUGACGAAUGCUCCAUCAUGACCUAUGUCUCCCUCUACUACCACCACUUCUCCCGCCUGCACCAGGGACAGACUGUUCAGAAGAGACUCGCUAAGAUCCUACUUCAGCUCCAAGAGACACAGGCUCUGCGGACCCAGUACGAACAGCUGGUGGCUGACCUGCUCGGCUGGAUCGCAGAAAAACAGGAGCAGCUGGAGGCGCGGGAUUUCCCAGACUCACUGCCUGCCAUGAGCCAGUUACUGGCAGCCUUUGCCUCCUUCCGAACCCAGGAAAAGCCCCCCAGGCUUCAGCAGCGAGGGGCCACAGAGGUCCUGCUCUUCCGGCUGCAGACAGCACUCCGAGCCCAGAACCGCAGGCCCUUCCUGCCGUCUGAGGGCCUGGGCCCUGCAGAGCUGUCCCAGCGCUGGGCAGGGCUGGAGCGGGCAGAGGCUGCCCGGAGCCAAGCCCUGCAGCAGCGUCUACUGCAGCUGGAAAGGUUGGAAACCCUGGCCCGGCGCUUUCGGCGAAAGGUGGCCCUCCGGGAGAGCUUCCUGACGGACACGGAGCGCAUGCUCAAGCAGGUGGGCGGCCCACUGGCCAGCCCAGCCAUGGUGGAGGCAGCUUCCCAGAGGCUGGGCAUGCUGGAGGCUGGCAUCCUGCCCCAGGAGGGGCGCUUCCAGGCCCUUGCCGACAUUGCAGACAUCCUCCAGCAGGAGCAGUACCACGGCUGGGCAGAUGUGGCCUGCAGGCACAUAGAGGUCACCCAGCGUUGGGAGAGGCUCCUGCAGCAUCUUCAAGGCCAGAAGAAGCAAAUGGCAAGUGCCCGGACAGUGCACAGCCUGCUACAGGAGGUCGAGGUGGCCUCUGAUCAGCUCAAGGAGCUGCAGGUGCCAGCCAGCUCCACCACCUGUGGGCAGCAGUUAGCAGAAGUGGUGGAGCUACUGCAGAGGCAUGAGCUGUUGGAGAUCCAGGUUUCUGCCCACGGAGCCCACGUGAGUCAUCUUGUCCAUCAGACCACUGAGCUGGACUCAUGUGGGGGGACCAGUGUGGAGGUGCUACAGGCCAAGGCCAGGGGUAUGGCCCAGCUCCACCAGAGCCUGCUGUCUCUAGUCAGAUCUCGGCGCACUCUACUGGAGCAGGCCCUGCAGCGAGCCAAGUUCUUGUGCAACUGUGAGGAGGAGGAAGCCUGGCUGAUGAAGCACAGACAGCUAGUGGAGAACGUGACACCGGGCAGGGAUCUCAGCCAGAUCUCAGCUGCCCUGCAAAAGCACAAGGCCCUGGAAGCCGAAGUCCACCGCCACCAGGCAGUGUGCACAGAUCUAGCGCAGAGGGGGCGUGACCUCAGCGCCCUGGGAGACCAGAUGGAGGUGGACCCCCGGGAGCGGGCCGAGGCCGUGCUGGGCGCAUGGCAGCUGCUGGAGACUCAGGCUGCCAGGCUGAACGCGCGGCUCCAGGCAGCCCUGCUCGUGCGGCAGUAUUUCGCAGACGCGGCUGAUGCCGCCUCGUGGCUGCGCGAGCGACAGUCCCUGAUGGAGGGCGCGCCUUGUGCGCGAGACCAGGCGAACGCGGAGGGCCUCUUGCGGCGCCACGUGCGGCUGGAGCGCGCCCUGCGCGCCUUCGAGGCCGAGCUGCGGGGGCUGGACCAGCAGGCGCGGAGGGCCGCUGCCCGGACCUCAUUCACGGUGCUGUCUGCCCAGAGCCAUCCAGGGGAAGGUCUGAGGAACCAGAGGGCUUGGAGCACAUCUGACCCUGACUUUGAUCCCAACACUGUACUUCAAACACAGGAGGGCUUGAGGCAGGACUAUAAGGACCUGUGGGCCCUAGCAGAGCACCGCCGGGCCAGCCUGGAGGAGACGGUGGCCCUGUUUGGCUUUGAAAGUUCCUGUGGAGAGUUCUUGUCCUGGCUGGAGGACCAGACAGCAUUGUUCCAGAUGCUGCAACCCCAGGCCGACAACUUAGUCAUCAUGGAGCUCAAAUAUAAGAACUCCCUCAUGACCCUGGCUGUGGGGAAAGGCCACUGGGAUGAAGUCAGCAGCUCUGCUGAGCAACUGAAGCAGAGAUACCCUGCGAACUCCACUCGGGUCCAGCGACAGCAGGAGGAACUGAGCCAGAGGUGGAGACAGCUGGAGGCCCUGACAAAGGAGAAGGAGAUGGAGCUGGCAUGCAUCUCGGACAUGCACAGUUCCCUGCAGGAGUGUGACACCAUCCAGGUCCAGCUGCAGGAUGUGAUACUCCAGCUGGAAGCCCUGGAGCUGGGGAGCUCAGAGGGCAACCCCCGAGUCCUCCAGUUGGCCCAGCAGAGGAUGCUAGUGCUGGAGAGGAACAUCCACAACCUCCAAAGUGUGGCCGUGACGGUGGAGGAGUCCGGCUCUCUGGACAGGCAGCACCUGCGAGAAAGGGUGGAAACGCUGCAGGGUCUGCUGAAGCAAGUGCAGGGUCAAGUGGUGCAUCAGGCCCAGGCCCAGGCUGAGACUCGGGCCCAGCACAGUUUCCUGCAGGAGAGCCGGCGACUUCUGCUAUGGGCCGAGAGCGUCCGGUCCCAGCUGCACCAUGAGGAGGAGGUGAUGGAUGUGGCCUCAGCCCAAUGGCUGCUGAUGGAGCACCAAGAGCUGCUGGAGGAGAUCCACCUGUGGCAGGAGAGGCUGCAUCAGCUGGAUCCCCCAGGCCAACACAUGGCAGCCUUGGGCUCCGCACGGUCCCAAGAAGUGGCCAGUGCGCUGGGGCUCCUGGGCGAGCAAAGUAGGGUGCUGGAGGCUACCUGGGAACAGCGACAGCGGCGAUUGCAGGAGGGGCUGGAGCUGCAGAGAUUUAACAAAGAAGCAGAUCGUUUCACUGCCACUUGUGCCAACCAUGAGACCUUCCUACAGCGGAGCCCCCUCGGGGAAGAUGUGAGGGAGGCUCAGAGCCUGCUACGGCGCCACCAUGAGUUUGAGUGGCUCCUGGGCACCCUGGGCCGUCGCGCAGAAGCUCUGCGGGCACGUGGUGAGAUGCUGCUUCAAAGCCAGCACUGUGCAGCACACGCGAUCAGAGAGCAGCUUCAGAGUGUCCGGGUUCAGUGGAUCAGGGUCCAGGAAAGGAGUGGACAGAGGAGGAGGCAGUUGGUGGCUUCCCUCCACCUCCAGGAAUGGAAGCAGGCGGUGGCAGAGCUCAUGCUGUGGAUGGAGGAGAAGGAGCUGAUGGCAAUAGAGGAACCCACUCAAGAGCCCAGGAACGUCCUGCGGAGGCUCAGACAGCACAAAGCUGCAGAGAGUGAGCUGCUGGCCGUGAACAGGCGUGUGGAGGACCUGCAGCAGGUUGGGAGAGAGCUGUUGAGCAGUGGGCUCCUCACCCCGGAGGACGUGCAGGCCAGGCUUCAGGGUCUGAGUAGCAAGUGGGAGGAAGUAAACCGCAAGACGGCAGAGCAUGUGGACAAGCUCCACUGGGCCAGACAGCAGGAGCAGCUGCUGGGGGUGCUACAGGAGAUCAAGGAGAAGAUGGAGUGGCUUGAAGGGACUUUGCAGAUUUCAGGACUGGGGCACGACCUGUGCUCAAGCCAGAAGCUGCAGAAGCAGCACCACCAGCUGCAGGAUGAGAGCCAGGUUCUGGCUGGCAAGAUGGCUGCCCUCGUCUCCCAGGCCCACUGUGUGCCCGGUUCCCAGAGCUUCAUAGAGGAGACCCAGGAGUACGUCCAGAGGCUCAGGUCCCUGCAGGAGCGCCUCACCGCUCAGCACCUGCAGCUGCAGGCCUCGGUUGAGCUGCACCAGUUCCUGCACCUGAGUAGCCUGGAGCUCACCUGGGUGGCUGAGCACAUGCCCAGUGCCAGCUCCACCAGCGACACCAAGUGCCUGGAUGGUGCCCAAAGCCUUGGCUACAAGCACAAGGUGCUCCAGGCUCUGGUGAAAGCCCACCAGGGGCAGAUGCAGCGGGUGCUGGACUCUGGAAAGAGCCUCACAGCCUCAGGGCACCCCCAAGCCCAGCACAUCAGAGAGCAAUGUCAGGAGCUGGAAAGGCGCUGGGCAGAGCUGGAGCAGGCGUGUGCCACACGGGCCCAGUGCCUGGAGCAGGCUGUUGCCUCUCAGAAGUAUUAUCUGGAUGUGUCAGAGCUGGAGGGCUGGAUGGAGAAGAAGUGGCCCCUGGUGAGCAGUCAGUACUACGGUGGAGACGAAGCUGCCACCUUCAGUCUCAUCAGGAUGCACCAGGCCCUACAGCAGGAACUGGCUCUUUAUUGGAGCUUCAUGGAGGAGCUUGAUCAGAGGGCCCAAACCCUGAGUGGCCUUAAGGCCCCUGAGAAGCCAGGCAUGAUGCAGGCGAGGCUCCGGAAGCAGCUGCAGGCAUUGCAGAAGCUGGCAACCACUCGGGACCAGGAGCUGGAAAGGACCAUGAGGCGGCACGAGUUUAUGAGGGAAGCCGAGGAAUUACAGAACUGGCUGGCUGGUCAGCAGCACGUGGCCAGGACAGAAGAAAGCCCUGGAGAGGACUACGAACACGUCCGACACCUCCAGAUCAAUUUUGCAAAGUUUCAGCACCAGUUGGAGAUGGGUAGACAACAGGUGGCAACCUGCUUGCAGCUGGCAGACAGCCUGCUGGAGGCUGGUCCCAGUAUUGUCCCCAGGAUUCAUCAGAGGAGGCAGGACCUACAGGCUGCCUGGUUGGAGCUGAGGGAGCUGACCCAGGCUCGGGGCCGUUUGCUCCAAGAUGCUGAGAUCACCCUCAAAGUUCAUGUUGAUCUGUCAGACAUGCUCAUCUGGAUCCAGGAGAAAGCUAUGAGCUUCUCAGACGAUGUAUCUGGCAACCUGCAUGGGGUGGAGGCCCAGCUGAGGGGACUUGAGUGCCUGGAGCAUGAACUCACGAGCACCAAGCUGCAGGUGCAGGAGCUACUGAAGACAGCAGAUAGAGUGCAGACAUUGUAUCCUGGGAUUCAGGCCAACGCUGUGCAGCCAAGACAGCGAGCUGUGGUACAGGCUUGGGAGGCCCUGCAGCUGCAGGUAGAGCAGCGCCGGGCCCAGCUACAGCAGGCGUGUCUCCUGGCCCGUUUCCACAUAGCGGUUCAGGAAUAUGCCUCCUGGGCAGCCAGCAUGCAGCAGGAAAUACGGGGAGAAGUGACACCCCAGGACUCCAGGUGUAAUCCCCUAAAGCUCAGUACCCACCAACAGCUUCGGGCCAAGCUGGAGGUCCAGGAGGAGCUGUACCAGCGGGCCACUCAGCUGGGCCAGCAGAUGCUUCUAACUGCAAGCCCAUCCACCAAGGAGGUGCAGGAGAGGCUGCAAGCCUUGCAGGACACACGGGAGCAGCUGUUCCAGGCCUGGGAGCAGAAGCGAGAGACGCUGCAGGCCAUGCACCGAGAGCAGUGCUUCUUCAGAGAGUGUGGCCACCUGGACAGGACCCUCCAGGCCCAAGAGGUGUCCCUGAAAGCCAGUUCCCUGGGGAGCUCAGUAGAAGAGGUGGAGCAAUUGAUACGAAAGCAUGAGGUCUUUCAGAAGAUUCUGACUGCCCAGGAUAAGAAGACAGAGGCUGUGUGCGAGCAGGCGAAGGUGCUCCGGGGCCCGAGGGUGCAGGCCUUACUGAGCACAGUGCUGGAGCGACGGGCUCGGGUGAAGGACCUGGCAGAGGGCCGGCGACAUGCCCUGCACACCGCCCUGCUGACGGCUGACUUCACCAGGGCUGUGACCCAGGCCGAGGGCUGGAUCCAGGAGCGGGUCCAGCAGCUGAAAGAGCCUGUCCUUCCAGGGAGUCUGACAGCUAAGCGGAUACACCUGCAGAAACACUGGGCCUUGGAGGCUGAGGUCAAGGCCCUUGAGGAGGUCAUAACCUCGGUUGCCAAGAAGGGCGAGGCUCUCCUGGCACAGAGCAGCCCUCGCCCAGGAGAGAUCUCACAGAGGCUGCAGGCACUGCAGGAGCACUGGGACAAGCUGAGGCAGGCAGUGGUGCUCCGGGGCCAGGACCUGAAGGACAAGCAGCACUUCCAGGAGUUUCUGCAGAGAGUCGACCGUGCAGAGGCCUGGAUCCAAGAGAAGGAGGAGAUGCUGAGCUGCAGAGACCUGGGCCGGGGCCUGGAGCACUGCUUACAGCUCCACAGGCAGCUCCGAGGAGCCUUGGCCAAGGAUGGAGUGGAUGACACCUGCAUUCGGAGAAUCAAUGACUUAUCAAUGCAGCUCAAGAUCCGGGACCCCGACCAGAUCAAGACCAUGUACCAGCGACGAAGCCAGCUCAACAACAGAUGGAAUAGUUUCCAUGACAACCUGCUCCGGUACCAGCAGCAGCUGGAAGGGACCCUGGAGAUCCACACGUUGUCCCAUGAGCUGGACGACAUCAUCAGGAGGAUAGUGGAGAAGAGCACCCUGGCCCAGGCCCUGGACUACGGGGCAGAUGUGGCAAGUGUGGAGAGGCUACUGCGCAAACACCAGGAGCUGGAGCAGGAGAUGGGCCUCAUUGACGCCCAGCUUGAGCCCCUGGAGUGUAAGGUAGUCCGCCUCUGCCGGAGCAGUCUGGGGGCAGCCCACGUCCUGCGUGACAAGCAUCGGGAGGUGAUGGACUGCUGGCGGCAGCUCCAGAGCAGGGCCCAGAAGCAGAAGGAGCUACUGGACACCUCACGCCAAGCGCAGAUGCUCCAGGCAACACUGCAGGAACUGCAGGCCUGGGCCCGGGGGCUGCGGGCUGAGAUGGACACCGGAAGCCCGCCUGGCAGCACCGCAGAGGCCCAGCGCCUGCUGGAGGAGCACCAGGAGCGAAGGGCUGCGAUGAUGUCUCGAACAAACAGCAUCAGCCUGGCCCGAAGUGUUGGGCAGCAACUACUCGCCACAGGGCCUCUGUGCCCUUCUGAUGUCCACCAGGGCCUGGCAGGGCUGGAACAGGAGCUGAGCAGCCUGCAAGGGGCCUGGCAGGAGCACCAGCAUCAGCUGCAGCAGGCCCUGGAGCUGCAGCUAUUCCUGAGCUCUGUGGAGAAAAUGGAAAGUUGGCUCUGCAGCAAAGAAGCUUCCUUAGCCAGUGAGGACUUGGGGGAUCCCUCGGCCAACGUGGAGACCCUCCUGAGGAAGCUCAAGGUGCUCAGACGAGACCUGGAGGCUCAGACGGAAAAGAUGAGCUCACUGGAGGUCACAGCCCGCAAUCUGCACCAGGGAGGGCACCGCGGGGCCCAGAGCGCCCUGGACAGGUUCCAGGCCAUGCUUCUGAGGAAAGAGGCACUCCUGAAGCGAACUGGGACCUGUCACCACCAGCUGGAGGAGCUUCGGAAGCUGCAGACAUUCCUGCAGGAGUCCUAUGAGGUGACUGCAUGGCUGAGGAAGAAGAACCAGGUGGUUCUGGAAGAGGAUCUUCAGGAUCCAGCCACGGUGCAGACACAAUUGCAGAAGCAGCAGAAGCUCCAGGCCGAGCUGGACUCAGCUGUGCACCAGAAGCAGAGGCUGCAGAUGGAGGGACAGAGGCUUCUGCAGGACAGCCACUCCGCCUCAGACGUUAUCCAGGUGCAGCUGCAGGAGCUGGGAGAGCUCUGGGACAAGCUACAGGGCAACUGCCAGAGGAAAACGGCCAAGCUUCAGGAGGCCUGCAAGGUCCUGUGCAUACAACGGAGUGUAGAGGAGCUAGAGAGCUGGCUGGAACCCAUAGAGGCGGAGCUGCAAGACCCUGUGGGAGGGCAGGACCUCCCUGCGGUGAAUGAGCUCCUGAGGGCCCAGGGAGACCUGGAGGCAGCAGUGGACGAGCAGGCCCGGCAGGCAAGGGCCCUGCUGGACCAGAUCCAGGCCUUCUCCCCGGAAAGGCACGCCCACAACACAGAUGAGCAGGCCCGGCUGCUGCUCCUUAGGUUCGAGAGUCUGAGGGAACCCCUGCAGGAGCGCAGGGCAGCCCUGGAAGCCCGGAACCUCCUCUACCAGUUCUUCAGGGACGUGGACGAGGAGCUGGACUGGGUGCAGGAGAAGCUGCCCCUGGCUGUGGCCCAGGACUGCGGCCAGAGCCUGAGCGCCGUGCGCCACCUGCAGGAGAAGCACCAGAACUUAGAGCAUGAGAUACGCAGCCACGAGACCCUGACCCAGGUGGUGGUGGGCACCGGGCACAAGCUGGUGCAGGCGGGGCACUUCGCAGCGCCGGAGGUGGCCGCGCGGGUGCAGCGGCUAGAGGGCGCUGUGGGCCGCCUGCGGGCGGAGAUGGAGCAGAGGAGGCGGCUGCUGCGCCAGGCGGAGGAGGUGCAGCAGAUCCUGAUGGAGCUCUUGGAAGCAGAAUCCUGGUUGGCUGAGCGGGCCUCUAUCCUGGACAGCAAGGACAUGGGCCAGAGUGCCGAGGCCACCCAGGCCCUCCUGAGACGGCUGGAGGCCACCAAGAGAGACCUGGAGGGGUUCAGCAUUAACAUCAAGAGGCUGCAGGAGAUGGCCUUGCUUCUGGAAAGCACACAGAACCCAGACAGCUCCAAGGUGCUGGGCCAGCUAUCGUCAGUGAGGGACACUCACACGGGGCUACUGCAGGCUGCAGAGAGCCGGGGUCAGCUCCUGCAGGAGCAGCUGCAGAUGCACCAGCUGGAGCAAGAGGCCCUGAUCCUCACCACCUGGCUGGCCAGCAAGGUGGCCACUGCUGAGUCUGAGGACUAUGGGCAGGACCUAAAGGACGUCGAGGUGCUGGAAGAGAAGUUUAAUGCUUUCAGAAAGGAUGUCCAGAGCCUGGGGCAGGCCAAGGUCCAGGCUUUGAGGGAGCUGGCGGGCGCCCUGGAACGGGGGACACCCAGAUGCUAUCCUCAGAUCCAAGCCCACAUGAGCAGAAUCGAGGCCACUUGGGAGAGGCUGGACAGGGCAAUGAAAACCCGCACGGAGAGCCUGGCUGCAGCCCGCGCAAUCCGGAGCUUCCACAAGGCAGCGGGGGAGCUCCAGGGCUGGAUGCAGGAGAAGGUCGCCAUGAUGGAGGGAGCUGGUGACGGCCACAACCUGCCCUCUGUGCAGGCCCUGCAGCACCAGCACAGACUCCUCGAGAGGGAACUGGCAGCUGUGGAGAAGGAGGCAGCCCGGGUGAGGAUGGAGGCAGAGCAACUGAGCCAGCUACACCCUGCAGCCCAGAAGCGCCUGGAAGAGCAGCUGGCUGGCGUGCAGGAGGCCUGGGCCACGCUGGACUCGAAAGCCCAGCAGCGGGGCCGGCAGCUGGAGUGGGCUGCUCAGGGCCACGCCUUCCUCAGGCGCUGCGGGGAACUGCUCACAUGGGCUCAGGAAAGGCAGGCGCUGUUGUCCUCAGAGAGGCUGUCGGAUGCUGAGCAGCUCAUCAGACAGCAGGAAGAGCUGAGGCAGGAGAUCAUGGAGCUCUGCCUUCAAGCCCAGGAUGUGCGGCAGGAAGGACAGCAGCUCCUGAACAACAGCCACUUCAUGGCCCCAGAGAUCACAGAGUGUCUGCAAGAGCUGGACAGGCAGCUGCAGGAGCUCCAGGAGGCCUGGGCCCUGAACCGGGAGCACUGCCAGGAGUACCAGGGCCUGCAACAGCUUCAGCAGACACUGGACCAGGCUGAGGCCUGGCUGGACUCCCAAGAGGACCUCCUGCUGGACCCCAACUGUGGAAAUUCAGUGUCGGAUGUGGAGUUGCUGCUCCGCAAGCACCAGGACUUAGAACAGCGGCUAGCAGCCCAGGAGGCCAAGCUUGUCCCGCUGCAGAGGGGAACCAAGGAGGCAAAGGGUGCCCCUGCCAUAAAGGGUGUACCGGAGCCGCUCCUGCCUGGAAGAAGGCAGGAGGUUACUUCACUGGCCACCCUUGACCCCAAUGUGAGGGUCACAUGGGACCAAGGGACCCUGGCUCUAUGGACACAUGACUUGGGCAAGCUCAGCUCCCAAGAGCAGCUGUAG